AUGUUCAUGGGACCGGACUAUGCAGACGUUGCCCGGCCGCUGGUUGAUCUUACGCGUAAAGACGUCAGUUUAGAAUGGACAGAGCUUCACACGCAAGCGCUGCGGCAGCUCAAACAGCGGUUAAUCGACUUCACUACACUACAAGCCCCUGAUACCACGAAAUCCUUCGAGUUAUACACAGAUGCCUCUGGUUAUGCGAUCGGAGCGGUUCUAGAACAAGAAGACAAGCCCAUCGGUUUCUUCAGCCAAGUUAUGAACCCCACACAACAGAAAUACUCGAUCUACGAUCAGGAACUCUUGGCGUUGGUUACGGCCCUGGACAAGUGGUAUUAUUUGCUCCGUUUCGCCAAAGUUACAGCUCAUACAGAUCACCAAGAUCUUACCUAUCCCCAGCGACUCCAAGCAUCGAAGCCUCUGCGCGGAUGGACCGCUCGGUGGUUAGAUUUCCUGGCCGAGUUCCCCGAUUUGCGCAUCACUUAUGUUCAAGGAGAGCGAAGUCAGGUGGCUGAUGCCUUGUCUCGCCGUACCGGUCUUCCUAACACCUGCUCGCACGACACACCACCGGCACCACUGAUGCUCGCAGUAGAACAAGCGCGCGAGGUUCCUCGCUCUUGCGGUCGACCUACUAACUACAGGGAGCUCGCCGGAAUUCCUUCGCGACGAUUCAGACAACGCACCUUGCCAUCACCACCUUUAACUCCGCCGCCUGAGCCCAAUCCAGUGGCGGAACGUCCUACAGCUGCAACGAAGACACUAGCUGACCCUCCUGAUGUGCGCCAUUGGCGCAAGCUUACUCGAAGUGUUCUGUUUUUCGCGUUCCCUACAAAGCCGCAGCAAACCAACCAGGAGAAGCUCUGGAAAUCGAGUUUUGUAAUCGCCAAUUCACCUUCCGCUACGUAG